AUGUCUCCACCGAUCAUUUUACAAAAUUGUUUAAAAUUUGAUAUUUAUAUUAAGGUCCAUGUGCUUGCAAACAAAUAUUACCUCGAUAAAAUCAAAGCUUUUACGUAUAAAAAAUUUAACGACGCAAUGGACGAGUAUUAUAACAGCGAAAAUUUCUUUAAAACGGCCAGAGAAAGUUACGAAAUGGGAUUACUAGCACUAAAAACUGCAGUUGUAGGAGCCUUCGCUCGUAAUUAUAAGGAAUUGUUGGGAAUGGAAAAUGUGCGAGGGUUUUUGGAGGUAAUAUCCAAAUUGGGAAUUAAUUUACUUUUGCAUUUGCAUAUAAUACCCUUUCCAUUGCGCGAUGGGCGUCGUAAGGGUUAA